AUGGACGGAAAUUCUCAGCAUCUACACCACGCUGAGACAAGUGCAGCUGCGUGGAGCGGCCAUCUGGUGCGCAUGGACGACGAGCGACUACCCAAACGACUCUUCUGCGGAGACGUCGCGACGGGUUCUCGCCGCCAAGGUGGUCAAAGUCGCCGUUACAUGGACACUCUGAAGUCCUCCCUGAAGCGUCUGCACAUUAACCCGACCAACUGGGAAGACCUCGCCCACGACCGACCGACCUGGAGGAGGACAGUGAGGACAGGCGCCGCGAUCUACGAAGCCAACCGCAUCGCCGCCGCCAAAGUGAAACGCGAAGCUUGCAAAUCACAACUUCACCCAGUACGCAACGCCGACGCACAACUACUUCCAACGUGUCCGGGCACGAAUUGGACUUAUUAG